GAGGAGGAGAGCAGAGAUAGGGAGUAACGUGGGUUUCCGCUGCUCUCUCCAGCAGCACCUGUGUGACCGGAGAACGAGCCGCUGCCGCGUCGCUUCCAGCCGAACACCUUCAGCUUCUCCGCGGCGGUCCGGUUUGGCCCGGCUCGACUCGGUGAGGCGAGGGCUUCCUCUCCGCAGCGGCUCUCCGCUCCCUCUCUGCGUGGAAACACACUUGUCGCAGCGGGCUGAUCUCCGUCAGAUCAGCUCUGGCACCGGAAGACUCCGGCGGAUAGACCCGGAGCAGAGCAUGCCUGCGGCGGAUCAGUGGCAGCUCCGAGUCCGGCUGUGGCGCGCGGGAUCCUCCUGAUGCCUCGACUUGUUGCUGCUGGAGGAGACACGCGCUGAGGAGGAGAACACGGUGGCACCGCGGGGAGAUAACACACCGACAAACCGGAUUUAACGGAUUUUAGGAGUUUUUUUUCUGUGUGGAGUUAGUUUGGAUUCUUCUUCCUGUCUCGCUGCCUCCACGCACACGGUCACGGACUGGUGAGGACACGCUCACAUGUGGAUUAGUUUGUUUUUACGCAUUAAUUUCGUGCGUAAAAAUCAUCUUGUUUUCCAGGAGAAACUCUGCUGAUUGUUUCCAGAUGCGCGCGCGCCGCUCCGUGGCUCCGUGAAUCUUCCUCUGACGAGCCUCCGCGAGCAGCAUGGCAGCAGGAGUGGCGGCGUGGCUGCCGUUCGCCCGCGCGGCGGCUAUCGGCUGGAUGCCGGUGGCCAGCACGCCCAUGCCGGCUCCCCCGAAGGAGCAGCAGCGCGGGCACGCCGGGCUGAUCGUGCUCAACGUGAGCGGCACAAAGUUUCAGACGUGGCGGGACACGCUGGAGCGGUACCCGGACACCCUGCUGGGCAGCACGGAGCGGGACUUCUUCUUCCACGAGGAGACCAACGAGUACUUCUUCGACCGCGACCCGGACAUCUUCCGCCACAUCCUCAACUUCUACCGCACCGGGAAGCUGCACUACCCGCGGCAGGAGUGCAUCUCCGCGUACGACGAGGAGCUGGCGUUCUUCGGCAUCAUCCCGGAGAUCAUCGGGGACUGCUGCUACGAGGACUACAAGGACCGGCGGCGGGAGAACCAGGAGCGGAUCCAGGACGAUGAGGAGAUGGACCCGACCAACGACCUGGUGCUGCCGGACAUGAGCUUCCGGGAGACCAUGUGGCGCGCCUUUGAGAACCCGCACACCUCCACCAUGGCGCUGGUCUUCUACUACGUCACCGGCUUCUUCAUCGCGGUGUCGGUGAUGGCCAACGUGGUGGAGACGGUCCCGUGCGGCACCGCGCCGAACCGCGUCAAGGAGAUCUCGUGCGGCGAGCGGUACGCGCUGGCCUUCUUCUGCCUGGACACCGCGUGCGUCAUGAUCUUCACGGUGGAGUACCUGCUGCGCCUGCUCGCCGCGCCGAGCCGCUACAAGUUCGUCAAGAGCGUCAUGAGCAUCAUCGACGUGGUGGCCAUCAUGCCCUACUACAUCGGCCUCGUCAUGACCGACAACGAGGAUGUGAGCGGCGCCUUCGUCACCCUGCGCGUCUUCAGGGUCUUUCGGAUUUUCAAGUUCUCGCGGCACUCCGCGGGACUUCGCAUCCUGGGCUACACGCUGAAGAGCUGCGCGUCAGAGCUCGGCUUCCUGCUCUUCUCCCUCACCAUGGCCAUCAUCAUCUUCGCCACCGUCAUGUUCUACGCCGAGAAGGGAUCCAGCGCGAGCAAGUUCACCAGCAUCCCGGCGGCCUUCUGGUACACCAUCGUCACCAUGACAACACUCGGAUAUGGCGACAUGGUCCCAAAGACCAUCAUGGGGAAGAUCUUCGGCUCCAUCUGCUCUCUGAGUGGCGUGUUAGUCAUCGCCCUGCCCGUCCCCGUCAUCGUCUCCAACUUCAGCCGAAUCUACCACCAGAGCCAGAGAGCCGAGAAGAGGCGAGCGCAGAAGAAAACCAGGCUUGCUAGAAUUCGUGCGGUGAAGAACGGAGUGGCUAACGCUUAUUUGCAGUACAAACAGAGCCGGCUGCUGAUUGGCCCAGACCAGGAGGCGUCCAAGGAAGCAGGACAGGCGCUAGUGUGUAAGGCCAACCCCACCUUCGACCUGCACCACAACCACCUUCUGCACUGUCUGGAGAAGACCACGAACCACGAGUUUGUGGAUGAGAAGACAUAUGAGACGGGCUGCAGGGAGGUAACUCUAGUGAAGCAGGUGUCUCGCUCUUCUUCCAUCUCCUCUUCUUCACAACACGGCUUCAGUUCCUGUUGCGCUCGCCGGAAGAGGAAGACCUUCAAUGUCCCCAACUCCAACAUGUCUGUGGGUCUUCAUGGCAGCGUCCAGGAGCUGAGCACCAUCCAGAUCAGAGAGAGGCCGCUCACCAACAGUCGAUCCAGUCUCAACGCCAAAUUCGAGGAGACCGUUCCUCUUAACUGUGAACAGUCAUACAUCACCGCCGCCGUCAUCAGCACGCACACGCCGCCUGGCAACACACCCGAAGGCAACGAAUCAUCCAGCUCCACCGACUACUCCCAGGCCAACAUCGUCCGGGUGUCCGCACUCUAGAUGACAACUUCCCCUCCAACAUGGAAACACAACCCACCCAGCAGAGGACGACGGGGGUCAGGCAUCAGGGGGUCGGGAGUCAAUGGCCCCGCACCACCACAGACUCAGAGGGCGGGGGUUUGGAUCAUGUGAUCACGAUGGAAGUGGGGUUAGCUUGAAUAUUUCAACCCUCUCUCGGAGGAAACGUCGUUCUGUACGCACUAAAACUCAGCUAACCUGCCUCAGAGUGCAUUUCUUUCUUUUGUCUUAUAGGAUGGAUUUUUAUUCCAGCAGCCAAACGUUGGAGAGGAGGAAACGGUAGCACUUUGGCUGAUGACUGAUCUCUACCUGAAGAAAUUUGUUUCCACUGCUAUUUUUCCAGUCAUGUCUUUAAAUUUGAUGUCUUAAAACACAAAGAGAGCUGACACUAACGUAGAGUUCUUUUCUUAAGUCCGAACGCAGUUUAAAGGAAAUGUCUGAUAUUUUGGGAACAACACUGUGAACCAUCUUGCCACAGCUACAUGAGGAAAUAGCUUAGCUUACCUUAGCUUAGCUUAGCACACAGACUGAGAGCGGGGGGAAACUGUUAACCUAGCUGCAUCAGAAGAGAAAAAAAUAACCUUUAAACAUAUCCGUGUGACUUACACGUUGUAUCAUGUUAGCUAUCAAGCUAGUCACCCAUUGAUUUAAGAGUCAGCUAGUUGACUGUAACUGUUGACGGUUAGAAGCUAACGCUGAACUAGCUGGAGCUUAAAGCUAACUUGUUUCAUGGAGUUUGUCUUAAACUUGUGAUGACCUCUGCUACGCCAUGAAGAAAAAAUACAGUUAUGUCAUGACAUUAAGAAACAGAUUCCUCAGUGUCGACUGGUUUUGAGUUCAGCUAACAGUCUUCCAAAGAACCUAAAACCACACUGUCUCACUUCCUGUUUCUACCUGUGUGAAAUAAACAGUCAGAUCAUUUCCAAAUUGUAUUUUUUUCUCUUAAUGUUAAUGUUCACUUAGCUAGGCUAGCAGUUUGCUGUCUGUCUCAUGUUAGCCUUGAUUCAGGAUGAGUCCGACACUGAAGUUAACGUCACCCUGGGUCCCUCAUCAAAAAGCCAAUAUUGGAUUUUGGAUUAUUGCAGGGAAAAAAACAUUUCUGAUCCUUCCAGGUUUUGUUCAGUGAGAUAAUCUUCACUAAUAAACACCACUUUAUGAUUAUUGAAGAAUAAAUUCAAUCAGCAGAAGUAAGAAGCUAACAUUAGGCUGUAAACAAACUACACCACGCUCACAUGACUCAAUGUCACAGACACAAUAAGACUGUAAAGUCGUGUUCGGAGUUGUGACGUUCUGUAGUCUCAUGUAGACACUUUUAAGCAACCAUCUUAUGGAUGCAUCUAGAUUCACAGUGGGGUAUUUACCAUUCUCGGAACUCAUCGGCUGUAUUCGGCGUCUGACUUCCCGGCAGACGCCGAACACAGCCUCUGGGGGCAGACCCCCAAUUUUUUGGCAUUCCGGUUUGAUUUGGGCAGAGGAGGCAAAUUUCCGUUUCCAACUUCUAUUUAUAUAUAAAUAAAUAUGCUAAACUAUUGUGAUGGAUUCAGAGUUUGCAGUGACGCCAAUUAUGUUCUACCUCAUUAGUUCACCGCACAGACCGUUUAACCUGGCAACACCUGCAGCCGGCUCAAAAGUGAUUGAUCAAUAUCACGCGGACUACAAACAGCCUACAACCGGACACCAGGGCUCUUCCGCUCUUCUUCCGGAGGCAAGAUCCCCGGGGUUUGCCCACAGACUCUACAUUCACUGAAUGUAGAGUCUGUAUAUAGAGACUAGGUAUUUACUGACAUGUUUGAUAUUGUAGAAGUCUCUUCAGCUUGCUGCAUUGGGAAAUGCGCAUUAAAAGAAAUACGAAUCCUGUGUGUUUCCAUUAAAUGUACGGACUGUGGUGAAAACUACAAACUCGCGUGAGUUUUCCACAGAGCCGGAAACAAAACAAGUCUCGCAUUCUUCUUCUUCUACGUUUUCUGGCGGUUGGCAACCAGCUUGUAAAUGCAUUACCGCCUUCCCGACCCGGAGUGUGGAUAUCACCAUGGAGAGAGGUGCGCUACGUCAGACUUAAUUCGAACAUAACUGUUUCCAUCCCCCGUUUUGCGAAUCAACAUUUUUUUUGAAUCAACCAAAACCUGGCUAAAGCGAGCAUAUUUUAGUUUGUGCGAAUCAGGGGAUUUUACUUAGAAUUUCCAUCAUAAUUUUCCGAUGCAAUACUUUUAGAUGCGCAUCUAAACAGGCUGAUGGAAACAUGGCUACUGACUUCAAGAUGAGGGAACCGGAGCUCUAACGUGCUAAUUAACUUCCAGGUUUCAGACUCAUUGCUGCGGCACUCUGGGGAACUGCCCAUUGGUUCGACAUCCCAUUGUUCUGACCAUAUUAAACCCAUUGUUCCGAAGUCCGUUCCAAAAUCAUCAUGAUGCCCUGUGGUUACGGCCUGGUUAGGUUUAGGCACAAAAACCACUUGGUUAGGGUCAGGAAAAGAUCAUGGUGUGGGUUAAAAUGAAAAAGAAAGUGACAAACAAAUAAGCCGUGAGCCUGCUCCGCCUCAAGCCGGUCGCGGCGCACCAUACGCCCGCUGCGAGCCGUUCAGCACUGCAGACAGUCGGACUAAUGGGAUGUCGAACCAGUGACAUGGACCCGGCACUCUGACAUCAUACUUUGUACAUUUGUGUCCUGGACAACAUUUUAACUUAAAACAUUUUUUCUCAAAUCAGUCAGAUGCUGAGAAAGUUUGUUACAGGAAGACUGUGGAAACUUUGAACUCAGCAUGUGUUUGGAAAUCUUCAAUAUGGGAGAUGCAAAGAGAAAAUUUAUAAAGAAGGCAAACCGGGUGUCAAAUAGUCCAGAACGUGGAUCACAGCUCUGAUGGUGAUUCAAACUCAUAAUUGACAGUUUGGUUUUAUGACAUCAUGGCUGACUGACAGCAGAUUUUCUCCACCCUUAAACUCACUCAGAGAACCGCCCAGCAUCUGGUGAGUUUGUAUUUUUAACAUUAAUCCUGUGAUGAGUGUUUCGCACCCCUGGGUAACUGACGUGCCGGAGUGUAGUGUGAUCGUUAUAUUAUUUAAGACCAACACCAUCAGUGACCGCGCGGCGCUCCGGCUCGGUCACGUAGUGUUUACUAUGCAAACAUUCAGGGGAAAAGUUUCUGCCGCACGAUGAGCAGGACGAACACUGACGUCAUGUGGUUGGUAUUUUAUAAUAUGUGUAAAGAUAAAUCUAUAUAUCUUCAUUUAUUUAAUACUCAACUUAUUCAAAAGUUUUUAAGCCAACA